CUUCUCUUCCUUCCUGCUGCCUCCAAAUUCCAACCCGACCCAACCGAGUCAACACCACUCGGCCGAGUCACCACCGGUUCCAACAAUCAUGGGCCUCAAGUGCGCCACCUUAAUCCUCUUUUUUACAUUGUUUGUGGCAAGUAGCAUUGCCAUUGACCCAUGCACCUCCAAGCCUGACGAAGCGGGCCUAACCGUGAUACCCGUCUUCGGCAAAUGCUCACCAUUUGACCCACCCAAGCCCGACUCAUGGGCCCAAACGGUCAUAAACAUGGCAUCCAAAGACCCAGCCCGUCUCAAGUACUUGUCCACACUAGUAGGCCAAAAGUCCGUCGUUUCCGCCCCAAUCGCUUCGGGCCAGGCCUUCAACAUUGGAAACUACGUGGUCCGGGUCAAGAUCGGAACCCCGGGCCAGCUCAUGUUCAUGGUCUUGGACACCAGCACUGACGAGGCCUUCGUCCCGUGCUCUGGUUGCGUGGGCUGCUCCGCCACCACAUUCUCCCCCAAAGACUCCACAAGUUACGGCCCAUUGGACUGCUCAGUCCCGCAAUGUGGCCAGGUCCGUGGGCUUCAGUGUCCCUCCACGGGCGCAGGCGCGUGUGCUUUCAACCAAUCCUACGCGGGCUCUACAUUUUCCGCCACGCUCGUUCAAGAUUCACUCAGAUUAGCCAACGACGUAGUCCCGGGCUACUCAUUCGGCUGCGUUAACGCAAUCUCCGGCGAGUCCAUUCCGGCCCAAGGGCUUCUGGGCCUGGGCCGUGGGCCUUUGUCUUUACUUUCGCAAUCCGGCGCGCUCUACUCAGGUGUCUUCUCGUACUGCCUUCCCAGCUUCAAAUCGUAUUACUUCUCAGGGUCGCUCAAGCUUGGGCCCGUCGGGCAGCCCAAGAGUAUCCGUACAACCCCACUUCUCCGAAACCCUCACAGGCCUUCCCUCUACUAUGUGAACUUCACCGGAAUAAGCGUGGGAAAGGUUCUCGUCCCUGUCCCCUCAGAGUACCUGGCUUUCGACCCGAACACCGGUUCCGGAACCAUCAUUGAUUCCGGAACGGUAAUAACCCGGUUCGUUGAGCCGGUGUACAAUGCGGUGAGAGACGAGUUCAGGAAGCAGGUUGGUGGAACGUUCUCGAGCCUGGGAGCGUUUGACACGUGUUUCGUGAAGACGUACGAGAACUUGGCGCCAACGGUGACGCUUCACUUCACGGGGUUGGACCUGAAGCUUCCAUUGGAGAACAGCUUGAUACAUAGUAGCGCUGGGUCGCUAGCUUGCCUUGCAAUGGCGGCGGCUCCGAGUAAUGUGAACUCUGUGCUGAACGUGAUUGCCAACUUGCAGCAACAGAAUCUUAGGAUCUUGUUUGAUACAAUUAAUAACAAGGUUGGGAUAGCCCGUGAACUUUGUAACUAGCUGUUUUGGUUUUUUUAAUGUUUUGUAUUCUUUGUCUUUGUUUUGGUAAGAUAUUAAUCUAUCUUUUCUUUUGUAUUGUUUGGAUGUUUGGGUGUGUGGCCUUGUGAAUUAAUUAAUAAGCGUGCCUUGUAGGGUUUAAACAUUAUUAUUACUCGGAAGUGUCACAAUAAUGUGAAUUGUGAUCAACUGUUUUCUAAGUUGUAAACUUGUAAUGGUUAAUUACCCCAAAGGGGGACCAAUCACUACCAUAAUGGAAUUUGAUUUUUUGUUUCCA